UUUAUCUCGAUAAAGUUUUUGAUUUAUCUGGUUUUAAACUCACUAUAAGAAAGGCUGAUCAAAUGGAAUUCGCAGAUAUUGCAAAAGAUUUAAAUAGAAAAUUGAAUCUAUCUCAUUACUUUGAAAAUACUAUUAAUGGACUUUGUACCCGAUUUAUUAUGUAUGAUAAAAAAUAUAAACCACUAUCUACUGACAAAAUCAUGAAGAUUACUGAUUCAGAUGAGAAAUAUAAACAGAUUGAUACAUAUACUCAAAACAAGGCCAAGAAGUGGCUUAAGUCAUAUAUCAAAGAGAUAAAUGUGAUAGAUGGAAUUGCUUCCAAAAUAAUAUCUAAUCGUGGAUAUGCUUACAAAUACACUUACAAGAAUGCAAUCAAAACCACGCAAUCUAUAUUAUAUCAGAAG